CAAAGACCGCACUCGGUUUGUCUUUGGCAUCCUCCUUACCAAUUUAACAUGAUAAUAUUUACAAUAGGUGCUAACGGUCUGCUCCUACUAUAAUGUCUGCUUACAUAUCCUUGAAUUGUUCCUCACUGUCAGCUACGACAGCAUGCCCCCUCUCGUAGCCACCCUACAUCAUACUACUCGUUUAAUCCCCGACAGCCCCCUCUCCCAUUUCCGAUCCAUAGUGGAGCUUAACGAAUAACGACCUGCCGAUGCCGUGAUAUAUGCCGCCCUCGUCAUGCAGUCAGACAUCCAGGUGUUUGUGCGAUGGAAAGAGCAAACGAUAUUCGCAGGAGAGGAUGUCGACUGCACCAUCACCUUCAAGAAUGUUACCCCAGGCGACUCCAACACAGAUCUCUGCGCAUAUCAGAGGCACACCAGAAGAGGCUCGCGCCCGAUGAAUGGAGUUGUUAGUGGAGGAAACUAUUCACCUGCGAAAUCCUUGAACCCGUUUUCUUUCAAUAAUCGACGUUCGGCAGCCGCAAGCCCCCGGAAUCGACAGCAUGGUUUCGACAAGUUCCAUCGUACGGCGGCAUCUAUGAGCUCCCCGCUCUCCCUAAGCCACAGUUUCCCGCCGCCGACUACCGCGAAUAACAAUGGUGUACAAAGCCCAGGACAUAGACACAAAAGAUCUGUUUCUAUCAUAUCCCUAGAACCAGAAAAACAGGGGGCGCCCGCUGUUAACCAGAGGAUGGGGAAUGCCCAUUCCAGAUCUGCAAGCUUUCAGGUGUUUUCAAAAAGGAAUGAGCUAUAUGGGGAGAGCCCUCAUCCUGCUUCACGCCCAUCACACUACCGCAUUUCACCAAACGACUCAACGCCAAAUUUGUCGAUACCAAACCAUAACAGCGGUCCGGAGCGAAGUCGGCUGCCCACACAGCCUCCAUCAAUAUCAAACCCAAUUCAGCGGGAUCCGGGACGGCGCCCACCUCCCCUCCCAACUGAUUUUAAGUUUCCACAGGCCCCUCCAACACCCAGUGAUACCCUACCUAGCACAAAUGCUUCGCCUGUCUCCACCGCUCCGCGCACCUUAAAUACAAAGGAUGGUCCUAUCCUAGAACCACCUACUCGGUUGGCUCCUGCUACAAAAAUCCUCUCCACCUCUAGCAUGAAUGGAAGCACGCGAAGCAGUGGAGAGUUCUAUCCUAUGAGCAACAAUUCAACCGAGACACUCGAGUCAGAGUAUGUGACAUAUCCUGCAAAUAAAUCCCAACUGCCGAUCCGGCAUAGACGGCAUUAUUCCAACAUGGAAGCUGUUGGAAAACUUAGUAAAAACAAUUCCCAGACACUGCUCAUGGGAUACGCCCAAAUUAGCGCCUCAUUUACCGUUGACGGGUCGUUAAUAAAUCAGGCUCUAUUCGAAGAAGUGAAACGCAAGGGUGUUGUGGGUAAUCCAGCGCGAAGCGAUGUUCCUCACAAAGCUGAGAAGGCCCGGAAUGGGUUUUGGGGAACGCUUGGAGGAUGGAAUAAUUUGAGCGAUUCGCUAUCUACAUUACUCUCCAGUAGCGAACUCGAUGGAUUAAGAGACAUGAGGGGUGUUGCCUCCUCCCAGGCCAUUCCCCUGCUUUCCACGCCGCAGUCUCUCCUGUUUGUGGACUUGCGGUUGAAUCCCGGCGAGGAGAAGACAUUUUCCUUUGCAUUUACCUUGCCCAGGGGCUUACCAGCGAGCCAUAAGGGGAAAGCAAUCAAGAUUUCUUAUAAUUUGGUGAUUGGCACACAACGGGCGAUAAACCCAAAAGAACCCCAGAAAGUCCAUCGAAUAAACGUUCCCUUCCGAGUCCUCAGUGGAGUUGACGCCCAAGGAGGUGUUCUAGGCCACGACUUGAUGAGACCAUACGUGUUGCUUCGAGAUGAAGCUCGUGUGCAAAAGGUCGAAAACGUCCCUACGCGCCCUGCCAAGGAAAAGAGUAUCAGCGCAAAAUCAUGGAAUUCGGCUUCAGGGUUUCUAUCUUACGUCGAUGAGAUUUUGGAUCGCCGUGUUAGGCCCGAAUCAUUCAGCUCAACAACCUCCGCGAUAGAUCCUCGCCUCAGUCUUUUCUCCCCCACAGGACAAUUUUCCUGUAAAGAUGCAAUCGAGUUGGCCAUUUUGCGAAGUAAUCAAUCCUCGACUUCGGACCGAAGUGCCAAUAGGUUUGAGAUAACCCGCAACGGACGACGGAUUGCAGUCAUAAUAUUGAACCGACCGGCUCAUCGGCUAGGGGAAACGGUCAUUGCCACAAUAGAUUUCUCGGGUUCUGCAUUACCUUGUUACUCGUUGCGAGGCUCCCUGGAAACGACCGAGAAGGUGAGCCCGACGAUUGCCCUCCGCUCCAACGCAAGCAUUACGCGCGCGACACGAAAGAUUCAUGCCAGCUGCUUUGAAAACACAUUAUUCGCUACAAGGGUGGUAUUUACGCCCUCGAUUCCUGUCUCCGCAACGCCGACUAUUAUCACCUCAGGAGUAAAUCUAGAAUGGGAGCUUCGCUUCGAAUUCGUGACCUGCAGCGCGCUUGAUGAUGAUGAAAUCGGGGCGUCCGGAAUCAACCUGUUGGAGAAGGUGGAACGGGAUGAUAGAGGCACAGUCUUGGCCUCGUUGGAAAGUAUAUCCUGCGAAUCAUUCGAGGUUGUGAUUCCGUUGACUGUGUAUGGAGGCAGUGUUCAGGAGCCCGCCGGGGAGGAGCUGCAAGGUGUUCCGAUCUAGAAAAGGACGGUUAACUUUUGAGUCUUUAUUGAAUUGUAGUUUAACUUUUAGGUGUCAUGAAGAUAUACAAGGGCGAACGCACGGUGCUAGGAUUUCAUACUUAUUUUCAACCUUUUUUUCUCAAUUUUUUCUUUUUCUUAAUUUUUUCUUUUUCUU